AUGAUGAUACUUGAAUUGCGAGACAAGAACGGCCAGAAAGGAGAUAAUGGGCGUUGGUUGGGGAAUGACAAUGAUACUGGCGAGUUCCCAGGUGGAAUGGAUGGAGCGGUUCCAGCAACUUAUGUAUCCGCAACUAUGUUCCUGAAAUUGCUAAGGAUUGGGAGAAGUGAAGAAGCCCCCUGGAGGGGAGGGCCUGGACCCUUCGGGCUGCUCCUGCGGCUAGCUAGCGAGUACGUUGGAGAAUGGAGACCAUUCAUGGAUCGAAUGGCCGAUGUUCCUCCUGUUUUACCUCCCCCUUCGCAUGGAAUUGACAAGUUGAUCCCUGUAGGAACGAAUUUACCAGGCCCGGCAGCCACAGGCGGAAGUGAGGCUUCAUUUAAAAAAAGUCUUGUUACUCGCAAUUCGCAGUGUGCACAGAUGAAGACUGCUGUUGCAUUUCCCCCCCCAACAUUCCGGCCCUGGGCAACAAGAUUCCCUUCGUCAGAGGCGUUUUCUGGCGAUCCUGCAGCCCCAUACGCUAAAGAACUGAACCAAUCCACGGUUCCUUCCCCCGAGUAG